CGAUAAGAUCGGGACAUGUUCGUCACGAAGGAAGUAUGGUGGGGGUCUUUUCGUCAUUUCAACCCAGGCCGAGGCUUUAAAAGCCCUUUAAAGCGGGAGCUGCAUCGAAGGAAAAGCGCAGCACAAAGACAGAGAGAGGGAGGGAGAAAGGAGGGAGAAGAGCAUACCGAGAGAAGACGAAGAAGCAGAAGAAGAGCUUGGGCGGAGAGGAUGACACCGGGGGUGGAGAUGGGAAUCGGCGACGAGGAGAAGCUGGAGAAGCAGAUCGAGAAACAGAUGGGUUGCAUGGCUGGGUUCCUCCAUAUCUUCGAUCGCCACCAAGGUUUCUCCGCAAAGCGCGUCUACUCCACCCGCCUCCUCCCUCCUUCUCUGGCCGCGGGAUCGACUUCGCCAUCGGGGAGAUCGGAAGCUUCUUCUGCGGCUUCGUUCAUGAAGGAGAGCAAGGGAGCGUCGCCUUCCCCGGACGCGUCCCCGUCGUCGCCCGAGCUCCGGCCUCCUAUAGGGGAGGCCCCGCCGAGGCCGUCGCUCCCGCUUCCUCUCUCGCUGUUUGAUCUCAAGGACGGGGCGAAAACCGCGUGGAAGAUUCGCGAGGGCCCAAGGCUCUCGCUCGACAGCCGCGCCGUCGUCGACGCCAAGGGGAAGCUGCGCCCCCGCGAGAUCCGCACGCCGCGCCCCGCCCCCUCCGACGCCUCCGAUGCGACGGACGAGGGCGAGAGGCAACGCCGGUCGCCGAGCGUCGUCGCACGGCUCAUGGGGCUCGAGGCGCUCCCGGGCGCUUGCGACGGCGAGGCGGGACCUCCCGAGCUCCGGCGAUCGGCGUCCGAGUCUCGGGUUCCGCGGGAUCCUUCCUACUACCGUUUUGUUGAUGCUAGUAGCUUCCACCGGACGCCAUUGGAGACGGCGUUCUCCGGCGAGGGCUUCUUGCGCCGGAGAUCUCGCGAUCCUUCGGAGAUUAGGGCUUUCCGGAACUCGAAGCCGGAUCCGGCUCCGAGAGCUCCGCACUCGCCUCUCCAGAGGAAGAGCUUCUUCGACGCCCAGGACGUCUUCCCGGAGCCGGUUCCGAAGCGAACCGGCUCCAUCUCCUUGUACGGUGAGAUCGAGCGCCGCCUCCGUAUGCGAGGGAUCGACGAGCCCUCGAAGGAUCUCGAGACCCUGAAGCAGAUCCUCGAGGCGCUCCAGCUCAAGGGCCUGCUCCACAACAAGCCGUCCGAUCACCGGAUCGACGGCUCCCGCAUCGUCGUGUACGGACCCCACCCUUGCCGGAUCCCAGGCGACUCUCCGAUCGUCGUCAUGAAGCCCGCGCCCAGGCCACCGCGGCGGCCCGAGGGCGAGCAGCUGCACGCCGCGGCGAGACCCGGCCCCGCGCGCCGUGGUGGCUGCGGCGCCGCGGCCACAUCGCCUCGUCGGGAUCGGGUGGAGAUCGAUCGGAGCUUAGGGAGGUGCAGUGACAGGAGCCAGAGCCCGAGAUCUCCGUCUCCGAGCUCGCCGGUGAGGAGUCCGAGCUCGCCAUUGAGACGCAGGUCCUUAAUAAAUGCGGAGUCGCAGAGGAACGCCCAGCCGCAGCGGAGGAUCCCCGCCCCCCAUUCUGCAAAAUCCAGCCCCAGGAGGCUCGAUCCUGAUUCCACUCUCGUCCGAUCUCCCGUACAUCGGAAGCCCGUGCCGGAUAGGGUCUGCUCGGCCGCGUACGACGAUACCGCGGCUUCUAUUUCUGACGGGAACUACAGCAGUCCCUCUCAGUUCGAUUUCGAGAGCUCGAGCGCGGAGGAGUUCAAAUCAGGGCGAAACUUAUUAGAGCGGUGCGACAAGCUCUUGAACAGCAUCGCCGCAAUAACUUCGGGGGACAAUGCUACCGCGGUGGAUCAGCAACCGAGCCCGGUGUCCGUGCUCGAUUCCUCCUUCCUCGGUGACGAGACCUCGCCCUCGCCCUCUUCCGUAGCCAAGCGCGCCAUCCACUUCAAAGCAGCAGAUCAACUAGCGGAUUGGGAGGAGACCCGGUGGAGUCAGGAAAUUUUGACCGUCGGAUCUGAUCCAUGCGGGUUUCCCGAAUCAGACGACCCAGAUUUCAUCUACGUGGCCGAUAUCCUCCGGUCGUCGGAUCCGCAUCGAGAUCCAUCGGACCUGUGCGCUCGGCGCGAGAAGCGGCACCAACCGACCGGCUCAACGUGUCUCCACCGCCGCCUCGUCUUCGACGCCGUCACCGAGAUCCUCGACCGGAAGCGACACGUGUCCCCUUGGGACGCCUUUACGCGGUCCAGAUCCCUCGCCUCUAACGGGUCCGUCGGGAAGCCGUUACUGCGCUCCGUGUGGGCCGAGUUCCUGCGGGUCCGCGCGCCGAUCCCGUGCGACGACCUCCUCGACGUCACGUGCGGGGCCUUCGGCAGGGACGUGGCAGAAGAUCUCGGGUGGGCCCAUCCAUCCGCUGAGCUGUCCGACGCGGUGCUCCAGAUCGAACGGCAGAUCUUUAAGGAUCUUGUGGCAGACACCAUAACCGUCCUAGCGGAUCUCGCCGCUGAUCCUCGUCCCUUUCCUCGCCGCAAGCUCGUCUUCUAAAUUAAUCCCCCACAUAGCAAAGGAGAAGGGGGGGAAACGAAAAUUUAAAAAAAAAAAGAAAAAGAAAAAAAAAAAAGAAGUUGUGGUACCCGGAAAUUAAUCCCAUUAAUUAAAGUUUAUAAUCUGUAACCGAUUAGAUUAUAUAUUUUGGCGCGAACAGCGUGACGAAUUUAACAGCAGCAGUGAUGAUGAUAGUGAGGUGGGCCCGUUGGGAGUCCAAGUGCGACAGCUGGGGUCGAACUAAUGCGGGCUGGCCAGAGCAGUUGGCGGGAUCGACUGGGCUUUUGCAUGGGCUCAACCGCCUCACAUGCGGUAUCCCGUUUUGGUGCGCAUGGGAGGAGGUCGUGGCUAGGCCCCAUUUGAAGAACGAAAGACGUGGGGUUGGUUUGCCAUGCUCGUGGGGCGCAAAUCCUAUCCCGCUCCUUUGGAAUUUAAUGCGAUGUGGGGGGCGAGUUAGCACUCGCCCCACGCAAUGUAAUAAGUGUGCCUAGUCGGGGUUGUUGGGUUCGCUUUCAAUGUCUUUUGACCCAGACCGAGUGCGACGCUUUGUUGAGGACCCGUUACGAUCGAUGGCGGAACAUUAGCAGGGCCCAGCAUGAGGGAGAUGGGCCAGGGGCGCCUUCUCGGCUUCUCAGGUUGUGUUUAGAUGAGAGUAGAAAUUGGAAUGUUAGAAUCAGGAGGUUGUAGGCGCAUGUGAUUUUGUUGGGGCAUGUGAUUUUGCUGUGCUGGUUUGGUGGUUUGAAUUCCUGUUCCCCGCUCCAUUUCGCCCUAUACAUGCUGCUUUUCUGGGGUCGUCUCUGAAGAUCUUUCUAAUAUGAAGGUGGAUACUGAAGUUGAUUACGGACGAAGAAAAGAGAAGUAGAAAAUGAAAGUUGCACCUUUGUAUUUAUACGGUGUAUUGAUUGUUAGGAAUACAUCAAGAAACUGCAGAGUUUUGCCCGCCUUUGUUGCUAUGAUCUUCUCCUCCUAAUUAACUAUAACAUUUUCGUCUUUACAUUUUUGCUAAUUCAUGCCUUCCAACCCUGUGCGCUUGCUGGUCUGUUGGAAAUGCACAGAAACCCAUUGCGGAUUAAGAAUAUUCAGUGAGCUUUCAUUUUUGCUGGGUUAUUUUUCUAA